AUGGAUUAUGGACUGUUCUUCAUUGCGCUGUCAGGAGCACUGGUCAGCAUCACCUUUGCCCAGUCUCACCAGUACUACUUUGUGAACGAGCAGCUGAACUGGACUGAGGCUCAGAGAUUCUGCAGAAACAACUUCACUGAUCUGGCCACCAUAGAAAACAUAGCUGAUGUUAACGCUGUUACAAACACCGGGAAACAAUCAGACUACACUGGCAAAGCCUGGAUAGGUCUCUAUGAUGACUUGGUGAACAGUUGGAGAUGGUCUCUGAAUGACAGCAGCUUCUACGGGGAAGGAGAAACAAUGUACAGAAACUGGUAUUCUAAUCAGCCCAACAAUCUUGGUGGACAGCAGUACUGUGUGGCGCUUAUUGCUCCGAGUCCAUACUUGGGCACAUGGUUUGACAUAGAGUGCAGUGUACAAUGGAGCUUUGUGUGCUACAACGGUGAGUACUAA